AUGCCAGGCCUGAUCAGCAUUCUCUCCUCUCAGAGCUCCUCGCGCUUCGCCCACGCCCUCAGCAAGGAGACUCGCGUGUCGACCGCCGAAAAUGCGUCCGUCAAGGUUCCUGCGAAUCUAGGCCUUUUAUUUGGCCCAGCGGCUCCUAGCGCUUUCCAGAUGCCCGCUCCGUCUCCCUUUCAACAACACGUUCCUUCUUUCCCGCAGCAAUUACAGCACCAGCUGUACCAACUGCCGCUCAUGCCGGUAGCACAGCAGUCGAUCCCGCGCGGGAGCGAUUCGCACGGCAUUUCCGCAAAUCCCGCCGACCGUUGCGGGCUGCAUCUGAUUCGCGGCGACGCGUUCGACCUCCGGCCGCAAGACCCGUCGACCACGGCCGUAGUAUCUCCCACUGACGUGGCUGGUGACGUGUCGAUUUCAUCCUCGAUUCGCCUAGCGGAUCUGAUAUCCGAGUAUUUUGAAGAUUUCGAUGAGAAUGGCGACGCGCUCGACGGCUUGACGACUCUGAGAACAGAGCGCAGCGCGCAGGCGCAGUUCCACGAAUCCCGCGCAGGAACAGCAACCUUUCUGCCCGCCACGAACCCCGCGCGCUCGAACCUGGGAUCGCAGGGCGAGGAGGCGAAUCAACGUCUGUCAGCAGAUUAUCUGGACAUGCAGAUGCAACUGACGGAGCAGAGUCAACUUCGCAUGGUUCAGUCGCUCGCAGCCAUGGAUGGCCCCGUCGAAAGCGCCCUCUACGCUGACGUCAUCUCAGCGAUGACCGACGCGCGCGCGUGCCAAGCGAACGACCUGCGCGGGAGCAGCCUAAACGCGGCGGUCGCAGGGCGACUGCGUGCGAUGAGGUACGACGCGGCGGUGUGCACGACGCAGUGGGACACCUCGCCCACCAUGCCCGAGGGGUCAUACGAGUACAUUGAUGUCCUCGUCUCCGCGGAAUCAAUCUCCCGCCCGCCCGCAUCCGCCUCCCCCUGUUUCACCCUCGUCAGUUCCACCUCCCCCUCUCCAGCCUCCCCCUCGCCCACCUUCACCAGAACCGAACCCCCGACCACCGCCACUCGCUCUUCCCUUACCCCUUGCGCCGCCGCCUGCCCUCCCCCGGACGGCGCUUCCCCCUCCCCCGCUUCCGCCAUCCCCCAGCGCUUCAUCAUCGACCUGGACUUCCGCGCGCAGUUCCAGAUCGCACGGCCCACUCGCGAGUACGCGUCCGCGCUCGAAUCCACGCCGUUGAACUUCGUGGGGCGGCAGGAGCGGCUGGCGCGGCUGGUGGAGGUGGUAUCUGGCGCGAUGAGGGGGGCUUUAAGGGCGCAGGGCAUGCACAUUCCGCCGUGGCGCAAGGGCGAGUAUCUUCACGCCAAGUGGAUGGCUGCAGUUACCCAGAGAGUCAUGUGUGAGGCGACGGGGGUGGAGGAGGGUGAGGGGAAAAAAAGCACGGGAGUAGUGGGCAGGAGGAUUGUGGGCGAGGGGAUGGAGAGGGGGGGAGGAGAGGUGGGGGAUAAGGAUACAGGUCCAGUUGUUGGUAGUCGCAAUGGUGGCUAUGGUGGCAAGGAGUCUCAGACUACAACCCUCUUUACUGUCACCGCUGCUAGUAACACCGCUUACGCCGCCGAUGCUGCGACAGCUGCUCCUGCUGCCAGCCCCUUCACAGCUUGUGCCGCCCCGCCGGCACCCACUGCUGCUCCAGCUGGAAGCUUCUACGCAUCUUCUGCUCCUGGCAUCGCAGGUGCUGGCGGGGCGGCUCACGCUCUGCGCCAGCAGCAGCAAGAGGCCCGUUUGACCAACGCCUUGGGGAACGCUGUUCUCUUCCAAGGCCGCUGUGUCCCCACAAGGCGAUUCGCUGCCCUGCACCAGUGUGCCCGAGCAGGGGGGUGGUGA